AUGUCUGAGCCCCAGGAGCUCGCGGUUCUUCGAUCAACAAGUCUGCGCAAGGAAGUUGCUGUUGCGCGGGCGCCGCCGGUAGCAGUGCACAAGCUUCGCACGGCAGUGGCCAGAAGAGAUGGAAAGGGGAAACAAUACCUCUUGAACAUUAGGGAUGGUCAGAGCGGUGGGGAGAUUAUGCAAAUGUGGAAUGAUAUGGAAGUCCAUUCCAAAUUUGUGGUUUGGUGGCACAAGAUUCUGGCCAUGAGACCGGCCAUCUUCGAAGGUACCGUAACGAUGCAAAACGACUCAGAUCUCGAGGCGGAACGUAUUUCAUGCUUCAUUGCCAUGGGUACCCUUCAAGAAUUGCCGCAGCAUACUUUCGCCUAUUCAAAGCCGGGAGAGUUCCUCAGCUGGGCUGGUUUCGUCCAUGACAACGCUCGCUUCUACCAGGCGGCCAAUGGAGGCUUUGGCAUGCAAAAGGCGCUGAUUCUGGCAUGGAAGACUGACAAGCUUCUUGUCGGCGUCAUCACUGCCAUCCUCACUCUAGUCAGCAUCGCCAUUGGGAUCAUCAUCGGAAUGGCGUGCCACAAUGCUGGGUUGGGGAUUGGCGUCAGCGCUACCAUAUUCACGCUGCUUGCUUUCCUGGCUUUCGUACUGAACAAGUCGAUGAAGUAUGCUAUUACCCCGUUCUCCGCCGGCAGAUCCAUCUGA